AUGUGCUCUGAAUUUCAAUUCCAUGACUACAUUAUGCAGAUGAAGCAAACAGCACAGAGUUGCUUAUAUUGCAUAAUUUCUCAGUUGAUGGGGAAGGACAAGAAACAGAGUACUGAUCCAUUGAAACCCUUGUCAGCUCCCUUUAGGCUUCUGAGAUUUUAUCUGGCAUUGCCUGCACAUCUCCAAUAUUAUUUUUACAGCAAUAUGGACUACAAACUUCUCUUUUUUAAAAAACAACAACACCGCCACUUUAGAUUUUUAGGAUACGAAAUGCUGUCUUCUAUAUACAACCUGGCUGAAAGGCAUGUCUACUAG